UAUCAUUUUCAAAUAAAAAAAAUCCAACGGCUGCUGUUUUCCUUUCACGAGAAGUACAGUAUAACUAUAAGUAGCUUUUGAGCUGCGUUUCUGAUUCUUUUAUACUCUUUGGAUCUCGGACAUUGUCUUUGCAUUCUCGGUUCAGAUGGAUUGGCAAGGGCAAAAGCUAGCGGAGCAGCUGAUGCAGAUAUUGCUCUUGGCAUUCGCUGUGGUGGCGUUCGCCACUGGCUAUAUAUCGGGAUCGUUCCAGAUGAUGGUCCUAAUCUACGCUGGCGGUGUGGUUCUGACCACAUUGGUGACGGUCCCUAAUUGGCCUUUCUUCAAUCGCCACCCUCUCAAGUGGUUGGACCCCAGCGAGGCUGACAAGCAUCCGAAGCCGCAGGAGGCCGUGAGUGCCAAGAAGAAACCCGCUAAGAAAUAGGUCAGCUAUUUUGAUCAUAGUAUUGGCAUUUGGUAGGGUUGAAAGUCAAUGCUUUGUUUGCCUUUUCUGAAAUUGAUUCGGUGUACUUGAUUGCCCUAAAUUUCGAACAUUUUAGACGAUGGAUAGAAAGAAUUUUCUUUUGGUUUUUUUAUAAUAUAGCUGGUAUUGUUAUAUUUA